GAAAAUAAAAAGAGGGGUGGAAAAUGUCCAAGUUUGUUUAGAGAAAGAAAGGACGAAGUGGGGCUAGGCUUAGCCAGUAUGCACUCACUGUUGUGUGUUUGUGGAAGAUAAAGCUAAGGUCCCAAAAUUUGACUUUGUUAUUUCUUCUUCUUGUUGGUGGUUAAGAAUGGCUGCUGCAGCUCUUUUAUCUCUUUCUCUACCUAAGCUUAAUGUAAUUAAAGCUUCAGGCAGCACUAUCACUUGUGUUCCUGAGAAUCUUGAACCGAAAUUUGGUCGUAAAGGCAUCAAAUUUACAGAUGCAGGCACAGUUGAGCUGACAGUUAGAAAUGGAAGUUCCGUCAAGCUACAGAUAUCCAAUGCCCACAUCACUUCUUACAAGCCUAAAGUUCAUUGGAAAGAUGAUGGCUUUGAGGAAGUUCUUUAUACCCUUCCUCCAUCUUCUUCUUCUUCUUCUAAUUCCAGAGGUGGUAUUGGUUUAGUAAUCAAUGAAAUCGUGGAGCCUAAUCCUAAAGGAACAGCACCCACAACAGCUUCUGAAUGGACUGUCACAGAUGUUGAUUCUGACUCUAUUGAUGCCCUCCAGGUUGAAUUGAGCUGCACCCGAGGGACUCUGGAUAUUAACUAUGUGGUGUCGCUCUAUCCACUGAGCAUGGCAACAGCAGUUAUAGUGAAGAACAAUGGCCGAAAGCCUGUCAAGUUAACGACUGCUAUCCUAAGCCAUUUGAAGUCUAAGACAAGAGUGGGGACAGGAAUACAAGGACUCCGGAGCUGCACUUAUUGCACACAUCCUCCUUUGUCUUCUUCCUUUGAAAUUUUAUCUCCAGGGGAAGCUAUGAAAACUGAAGAUCCUGAUAUGUUCUCUUUUGGUUGGGAACCAGAGAAGAAGCCUGGUAUGUGGUCGACUCAAGAUGUGCCCAUCACUGUCCUGAAGCACAAGCUCAGUAGACUUUACAGUGUUCCACCAGAAGAAAAGGCAAAGGAAUUUUAUAAUUCAAUACCUUCAAAAUAUGAAACAAUCGAUCAGGGUCGUGAGCUCUUCUUCAGGAUAAUACGUAUGGGCUUUGAAGAUAUUUACUUAUCUAGUCCUGGUUCAUUUUCAGAAAAGUAUGGGAAGGAUUACUUUAUCUGCACAGGCCCUGCUUCAAUGUUGGUUCCUCUAGUUGUGAAUCCUGGUAAAGAGUGGAGAGGAGCACAAGUUAUUGAGCAUGAUAAUCUAUGAUUUUGCCUUCUACAUCUUCAGGACUCGAUUAAUUUUUUCUUUUCUUUUUACAUACAGCUUUAUUUUACAAGCUUUCUGUACCUCCUGAAUUCUUUGUCAAGAAACUGCAAUGUUAUCCAAUGCCAAAUGUACUUGGUUAUUCCUCAAGAAAAAGUUAUUGCACCAUCGCUUGGAAA